AUGCUGACACAGUUUGGAAUGGUGCACUAUCAUUUCUAUUGUUAUUUCAUCACAUCAUGUUUGAGUGUUGCUACUCUCGUUGAUCCGAUCGUAACUAUUUACUAUGUGAGUCCGUAUCGCCGAUUCGUUAAGAGAUGCUUGGGAUGGAGUCAAAAGGAUCCGAAGGAGACGAUGUUGAGGCGUGAUUCAACGGAAAAGACGAACAGUUUUCGAAAGUCUUUCAAGAAUUUGCUACACCACCCCGACUACAAAACUCCUGUAGCUCUUUAG